GGGCAAAUUUUGUUUAUUUAUUGUUUUAUUGUUAAAUAAGUGGAUUUUAAGCUUAUUCGUGGGCAUUAAAAUUGCUUUUUAUUAAUUUAAAUCGAAAAAUUAAAUUAAAGCUACCUAUAUGUUUGUUUUGUUAGAAAAAAAUAUAUUAAUAUUAAUUAAAAUGCAAAUUUGCAAUGGUUAAUGCGAGAAUUAAGGAGAAGCUAUAGCUUAGGGGGAGUGUGCAACGCGUAUGAUAAAUCAUUAAAAGUUUAAAUUUACGAAAUAUUAAAUAAAAAAAGGUAUGGCGGGAUAUGGCGUCAUCUUUGAGAAAAUUUGUGAAGUAUAGCAAAAGAGAAGAACUGGUUAAGUGGAGUUUGCCUUCCCAAUCAACUAUCUGUUUGGAACGUCGCCAUUCGAUUGCAUUAAUUUAUACACAAAAAUGAGUGUUAUUGUUAUGUGAAACAGUUAAUUUGCUACAAAGAUGAGUAAACGCAGAAAAUGUAGGACUUAGAAUAAUAAAGUGGUGUAGAAAAACUUCGGAGAGAAUCGUGCGGAAGCUUCCGAAAACAAACUACUUUACUGGGACAAUGCAUCUGAAAAUUAAUAAUAAAUAGAAAACUUAAAGUGAAUGAGACUAUUGUGCAUCAGUUUACGUUGGUUUUUUGAGUUUUAAAAUGCAAUUUGUUUAUUAUUUCCUAAAUUCGUUCUUUACGUCAAAUGUCAACUAAAAUGGUGUUGACAGUUAUGUCAUUUGUUUUCCUGCGAAAAAGAACGUUUAUAUUGUUUAUAACGAGUAUGUAAACAAACGUUAUGUGCUAUUAUCCCUAAUAAUUGUGCAGAUACAUCGUUUUGCACCUAAUUCCCUUUUUAAAGUGUUUAGGUUAGGUUUGGCAUAUUAAGGACAACAAUUAGCUAUUCAACAACCUUUUGCCAAACUUAUCUACCACACAAAAACAAUAUCAUGAACACUAACAUAAUUCUCAACAUGGUUUUUGGGUGAAAUUUACAAAAUUCUGUGGAGAUGGAACGAGAAGUACCUAGUGUACCCAUCACCACAUUAGCAGGUGUAGCAAGUCUAACCGACUUGCUCCCUGAAAUGCCCCUGCCCACCCCGUCUCCCCAAACCCUAAGCAAUAAAUCCCUGCUGUUCCACCCGAGAGUUCAGGAGGAAGCACAAAACUUGCUGGGCGUUCGAGAUGAGACUUUGGUGCCGCAGCUGGUUCAUUCUUUAGUACAAACAUCAGCUCAUCACAUAGAGGUAAAAGACAAUUAUGCAGGCACGGAGGCUAUUGUUGAGCCAGUUGAGUCCAUGCCGGUUUUGCUGCGGGCAAUGCUUGAUGCCAAUCCCAACGUAUUCAAUGGAACUCUAUCUCAACAACAGCAGCCUUUGACUCAACAAUGGAAUCACACGGGUCAACCCACAAUUCACACUUCCCAGAUGAAUGAGAAUUUACAACAACAGCAACAGCAGCAGCAACAACAGCAGCAGCAACAACAACAACAACACCAACAACAGCAGCAGCAGCAGCAACAGCAGCAAAAUCAAGCUUCUGCUGCAGCAGCAGCAGCAGUCCUCAGGCCGUCCGUCAUAACCGAACAAAAAGUCGCUGCGACUGUCUGUAACAACACCCACCCGCCAGAACCCACGCAAAAUUUGAGCACGCAAAAUUUGAGCGUGCAAAAUAUGAACAGUUUACCAGCCGAGAAAAUCGCCACCAACGAACUCAGGCAGCUGAGGAGGCCUAACAGAGGGCCUUCUCCGGCACAAGCGAGCGACGCGCCUGCGUCGAGCACGCCGCCCACCCAACAAACCGAAACGAAUCCGGAGCCGAAGAGCCGCACGACGCGAUCGCGGGCGAAAGAAAGCGAUUUACCAAAGGAGGCCGAACUGAAAACCGAGCUCGACAACUUCAUCGAGCCCGAAAUGAAGGAGGAGUACCUCAAGGAGGAGGACCCGAGCUAUCCGGGCAUCAAGCAGCCGAUCAUCAAGCUGGACAGGUUGUCCGAGGACUUGAUGCAGAAGAGCUUGAAGAAGUUCGCCGAGAGCAAGCCGAAGCUGGGGAACAACGUCGUGAAAGAGGAGUCGGAGUCCGAGGAGGAGAGCAAAGGCGGCCGGCGGAAGGUGAAGAGGAAAAAUGAGAGCGACGACGAGUACGCGCCGGCCGACACGUUUUCGGCUUUGGUCGGCAAACGGCGGCGCAUGGCGAAGGAGGAGAAACCCGAAACGCCCAUCGUGGUCAAGCCGAAAUUGCGGCGCGUAGAGAAGAAAUUCGUUCCUGUCGUGGAGAAAUUGUCGCAAGAAGAGCUGAUGGAGACGAAUACGUAUUUAAGGUUCAACAAGUCGGUGGAACACGUGCUCAAGUCGGCUGAGGAUUACGAUGCGGCCGAAAUCGGCGACGACGGGAUGAUUCCGGAAGACAAUUUAUUGAAUAGGACUGUGAUGCAGGAAUUGUGCACCGAAGCUGCCAAAUUGAAAAUCCUCGGUGCGAUGGAGAUGAUUUCCAACGAUAAGCUGACGCGGCUGCUUAACGUGCUCGAACUCAACAUUCGCGGGGGAGACAGGGUUUCGCCGAUCACGGACGAGGACAACGAAAGCAUAAGGCAGCUUUGGCUGGAGACCACCAUGGAGAGGGUGAUGGGCGCAGCGGACGCCUCCUUGGUGUGCAUGUACAUAAUGACGUCGCCGAACAUGUCUAAGCGCGUCUAUCUCGAAGAAGUGAUCGACAGGGUCGUGCUGUUCAUCAAGUACCAGCUGCACAACACGAUAUUUCCCUCGUUCGACUCCACCUAUCGGCUGGACAACAAGAAAAAGGACGGCAGGCGUAAGAAGACCACCCCGGUGUCGGAGAAGAAUAUUUUGGUGCUGUACACAAAAAUUUCCGAAUUGGUCAACUUGCUGGCCGAGCUACUCAACAUACAAGUCCUCACUGACACCUCGGUUCUUCAUGCCUCUUCCAUGGGAGUCUCGCCUUUCUUCGCGGAAAAUGUCAGCGAGCUGCAGCUGGCGUGCCUGAAGCUUGUCACAACGAUAUUCACCCGGUACGAAACACAUCGAAGAUUGCUGCUGGACGAUAUCCUUGCGUCGAUAGCGCGCCUUCCUAGCACGAAAAGAAGUCUCCGUACCUACCGAUUGAACAGCGAAGAGCACAUACAGAUGCUCACCGCGCUGGUGCUGCAGUUGAUACAGUGCGUGGUGGCUUUGCCCGAGAACUUCAACAACAAGCACGACAAAACGCAGAGCGACAAAAUCAAGAACGUCGACAAGGACGUGCUGAUUUGCAACAAGUACGAGAAGGCGACCUCCACUGCCGGCACCUUUCUCACCGUGUUCCUGAACAAGUGCGGCAGCAAAUCAGAGGACAUCGACUACAGGCCGUUGUUCGAGAACUUCGUGCAGGAUUUGCUGAGCACGGUCAACAAACCCGAAUGGCCGGCCACCGAGCUGCUUCUGUGCCUGCUGGGCAGGAUGCUGGUGACGAACUUCUCCAACAAAGGCACCGACAUGUCGCUGAGGGUGGCCAGCUUGGAUUACCUCGGAGUGGUGGCGGCCAGACUGCGAAGGGACAGCGUUUGGUCGCGAUGCAAGCUGAACACCAUCGACCAAAUGAUCAAGGAUAUCAAGCUCGAGGAAAUGAAGGAUAACGAUGAAGUGCCUUCGAAGAAAAAGCAAAAAGAUAUCGGCUCGGAGGAUGAGAGAACGCAGUUCCUGCAACGAGUCUUGUUGGACUUCUUGGCCGUUAACUCGCAGAACGACGAAGCGUACAAAUACGCGCGGCACUUCUACAUAACGCAGUGGUACAAGGAUAUCGUCACGCAAAAAUCGGUCAUUCUCAGCGGGAAGGACAAGAAGAACAACUCGAGGGAUAAUCAUCGAUCGAAAAGGCGCAAUAACAAGUCGGAAGACGAGGAAUCGAACAACGAGACCGAUGAGGAGGAGCGGGCGGAACGAAAGGAGUCAAUCGAGCAGGAGAACGCCGAGAAGUUCAAAAUUUUAGACGACAAAAAGAAGUUCUUGGUGGCCAAAAUCAAACCGUUUCGGGAAGACAUAUCAAGCGGCAACCGCGUGCAAGUUUAUCAAACGUACAUCGACUACAACAGCGCCGAACUGAUAGCGCAAUACUUGGCGUCCAAACGCUACUUCUCGCAGAGCUUCGAUCUCUACCUCAAAGCGAUCCUUAUUGUGUUGAAGGAGACCUCGAUCGCCAUCCGAACCAAAGCAAUGAAAUGCCUCACGAUGAUCGUCGAAGCCGAUCCCUCGGUUCUCGGCAGACACGACAUGCAAAUGGGCGUGAAUCACUCUUUCCUCGAUCAUUCUACGUCGGUGCGCGAAGCUGCGGUCGAUUUGGUCGGCAAAUUCGUCCUCAGCAGACCCGAACUGAUCAACAAGUAUUACGAAAUGCUCUCGGCAAGAAUUUUGGAUACCGGUGUUAGCGUCAGGAAGAGGGUCAUCAAAAUCCUGAAGGAUAUCUGCGUCGAGUGCCCGGAGUUUCCCAAAAUACCCGAGAUUUGCGUGAAAAUGAUCAGGAGGGUGAACGAUGAGGAAGGCAUAAGGAAGCUGGUCAUGGAAGUGUUCCAGAACAUGUGGUUUACCCCCACCAAGGAUACCUCUUUGCUGAGGAAAGUUAUGAACAUCACGGAUGUGGUGGCUUCUUCAAAGGAAAUUGGCUUGGAGUGGUUCGAACAACUACUUUUAAGUUUAUUUAAGCCGAAGGAGGAUAAGGACGACUCCACCAAAGUGCAAACAGAGCCGCCCAAGGCUCUGCUGUUGGCUUGCCGCCAAAUCGUGGAUUGCCUGAUAGAAAACGUGUUGAGGUUGGAGGAAAACGAGAGUACGGGCACGUCAGAGAGGCUCGUGGCUUGCCUGACGACCCUGUUUUUGUUCGCCAAAAUAAGGCCGCAGCUGCUGGUGAAGCACGCCAGCACGUUGCAGCCGUACUUGGGCUUGAAGUGCCAGUCUGCCGGCGAUAUACAGAUUAUAAGCAGCGUGGCCAAGAUGCUGGAGCUUGUGGUGCCCCUUAUGGAGCACCCGAGCGAAAUUUUCUUGGCGCAGCUCGAAGAGGACGCCAUCAAGUUGGUUUUGCAGCACGACAGGCCGAUAGUGAGCAGCUGCUUGGCCUGUUUGGGCUCGAUUGUGAACAAAGUGACGCACAACUACAAACUGAUCAGGGACUGUUUCGGCAGAUUCCACAAUUACUUGGAUAAAUACAAAGGUUACUUCGAGGCGGACAAUUCGGUGCUCUGCAACGACAUCAAAGGCCGGCAGUUGUUCAGAAGGGCGUUGUUUAUAUCCGGGUUGUUGCUGAGGCAUUUCGACUUCAAGGAUCCCGCUGUUAUAGGGGAUUUGCCCGCCGACAUCAAGGACCAAGUUUACAACACCAUGGUGUACUUUCUGCAGAGGGACGAUAUCGACAUACAAGCGAACGCCUUGAAGGCGAUCGGUUCUAUUUGCAUAAGGCACUACGAAUUUAUGCUCGAGGAUGAGUUGAAGCAGUUCUAUCACAAGCAGCUGGUGGCAGAGGAGGCGCCUCUGAGAAUGAAGGUGGAAGUUUUGGUGAACAUCGAGAAUUAUCUCGUCGAAGAGGAGAACCGCAUGAUUCAGCAGGAUUUAGAAUGGUCGAAACGUUCGAAGCAAGAGAAUCUGAAGGAGAUGGGCGACGUGUCCUCCGGCAUGGCCAGCACUGUGAUACAAUUGUACUUGAAGGAGAUUCUGCAAUCCUACAUACACCACAACGUGCAAGUGAGGAAACCGGCCCUGCGCGUCAUACAGCUGGUGCUGCAGCAAGGUUUGGUGCAUCCCGUGCAGAUCGUCCCCUACCUGAUCUGCAUGAGCACCGACUGCGAGAAAAUGGUGUCGCACAGCGCCGACAAGCAGCUGCUCGAGAUCGAGAAGAAAUAUCCCGGCUUUAUCCACACGAAAUCUUCCCUUGGAAUCCGCCUGUCUUACCAGCUGCAGUGCAUACUGCAAGGAGAUGUGAUUGUGCGGGGGUCGCGCGUCAAGGAGGAAGGCGAAUAUCCAUCGUCGUUGAACGGAUAUUUGUACUCGAUUCUGCGCAGCUCGAGACAGCAAAGACGUGCCUUAGUUCUUAACAUGUUAAAGCAGUUUGACGAGCAAGCUCGCACUACUUUAUCGUACAUGUUGUACCUGGCCGAUAAUUUGGCGUACUUCAACUACCAAGUGCAGGAUGAGCCCCUGUUCAUUGUCCAUCACAUAGACAUCAUGAUCUCAGUUUACGGAACAAACAUGUUGCAGUCCUUUAGGGAGGGAUUGUUGACUCCCGACGGUCAGAAGGUGAUCCAUCCCGAGAACGGGGAGGCAAUAAACCCCAUAUCGGCUCUGGACGAAGACGACGAGGACGAGGAGCUUCUGGUGACGAGGAUACCGGAGGACACGUCGCAUCUGCAAGGCUGCAUCACGGCCGCGCAAGGCUGCCUUCUACUUCUGAUGCUCAAAAAGCACAUCAAAGACAUUUACGGUCUAAGCGAUGGUAAAAUUCAGCAGUACUCGCCCUCGGAGGCGGCGAAAGUGUACGAGAAGGCCACCACGCGGAAAUCCAACGCUCUCUUUAACCCGAAAGGCACCCUGCAGAAAUUGAAGCAGGGCGCGCCUCCCGAAUAUUUGGACGAAGAAGGCAGACGGGACCUAAUCAGGCAAUAUUUAGACUUUAAGCAGCUGAUGCUGCAGUUAGAUCCGGACGAUGCCGACGACGAGGAGAAUAAGGGAUCGGCUUUGAAUCCUCAGCUGCAAGCGGGUCAUGCUUCAUCGAUACUUACGGAAGCUGAUCAGGCGACGCUUGAGAAUUAUAAGGAUACGUCUCCACCGAAAGUGCCGAAACUGGUGAUAUCGAAUCGUCGUCUGGACGGCGAGACCAAGAAGUCGCCGCGGCAGCAGCGGUCGCCGGACAAGACGAAAAAGCACAGGCACAAAAAGAAGCGAAGAAAGUUCGUGAGUUCGUCGGGCGACGAGAGCGAGAACGAUUGCAGCGACCCGGACUUUCUUGGCUAGCGUGGCCGCGUUGCGCACUGUGCGGUGGCAGUUUCACUUUCCGCUCCCCCCCCCUUUUUCACUACUUCCCCCGAAAAACCCAAUCCGAUGGUCCCGCGUCGCGAUACGGACUCGAGUGUACAGUUUCUCUAGCAUCAUUAUGAAUUCUAAUAACUUUACUAUAUAACAAGUAACACAGGAUGUUUUUACGACAGAUAUUUACGAACUGAGAGAGAGGUUUUGUAUAAUGUAGUGCUCGCACUUUUAUUAAUUUAGGUAAGAACUUUUAUGAACUUUUAGAUUUGUUCUUUUCUUUUUCAGCUGUGGUGUUUUGUUUUGUUCUCUUUUUUAAUUUUACUACAUCUCCCAGCUACUGUCACAUCUGUUAUUAUAAAUAAGCAUAGAGAUAUAUAUGAAAAUGUGACGGCAUCUGUGAAAAUUUUGUAUAGUUAUCUUAUGCAUUUUUUUAAGUCUAAAUCAGGGGAUUUACAAAUUAAUCCUUCAAGUGAGCUUCCACUUGACAACCCUACUUUUUUUUACUACAAAAUACAAAAUUCACGCGCGAAAAUCACUUUGUAUGCUACAAACAUUAUUUAUUUCACUACAAUUCAACGAUAAAAUUAACCUCUAUUAUUAUUAAUUAUUUAGUGUACAUAGAACCAGUGAUGUAUAUGUGAUUUUAUUUUUUCCAAGAGAACAAUGACCAAGUUGUAUACUUAUGAGAGAAAAACUUGAACUUUAAAUUUAAAAAUUUUUUUUACACUUCUGAUUUAUGGUAGUAAUAAGCAAUAGUGUUAAAUAAUAUGUCCCAUUUCAGGGCAUUUUCUGCAGUUUUUCUCUCGUAUACUUGAGAAAGAUUUUAUUAAAGGCAUGCAUUCUUUUUGAUAUCAAUAAAAUAAUACCCGACCCGUAUUUUAACCAAGAGACUGUUUUAAAUAAAUAAAUGUUAUGUGUUGUCCUCAGUGUUUAAAUUUAAUAACUUUAAAAUACGAGUCUGGUAUUACUCCUUCAAUUUCACAAGCUAAAAACAGUACUGUUAAAUGUUAGUUUUGCCUGUUAACUACGUUAAUUAAAUUGUGAGCACCCUUUAAGUUAAAAUCAAAACUCUUUUUAUGCCUUAUUAUGAAUGUCCUUAAUUAAAUCUAAACCUAUGUAAAAUCGGUUUUGCAAUAAUCACUUGUGAGUGAAGAAAGAACAAAUAUAAAUUAAUUUUCAUUAAUAUUAUUCUAUAAAUUUUCCUCAUUAUUUGUGAAAAGUUUUUCUGGAAAAUUGCCAUCACUGAAUAGAAAUACCAGCUUAAUCUAGACUGUAAAUUUAUAUUAGUGUUUGUCUGGAGUCAUGAAAUAAAAAAAAUCCUGAAAUUUUGUUUAACAAGGACUUCCAGACUAAUCAUGAUAUUUAUUAAUUAUCAUUCGUAAUUAAUUUAUGUAUUUUUAUAUUUUCAAACCGGUCUACCUUCAAGUUUGCUACCAAUGCUUUAAAUUGUGAAUUAUAGAAAACCAAGGAAACAAAUUGAUCACUGAAUUUUUGUACAUUGAUUUAUAUUCCUUUUUACUCUUUAUUAAGUAGCCUGUUUCAAAUUUAGAUGUUACCAAGUUUAAAUGAAACCUAAUUACAUGUAUAUAACUGUUAAUACUUGGAUUUAACAAUAUGCGUUCGACUUGAAUUCACAUUCCUAAUAUAACUAAUUACUUUCACAAUUAUUGGCUAAGUUUUUUAUUAUGUCUUAAUUCUAAAUCAGUAUUAAUUAAUGAAAUUACCAAAAUCGAUUGUUUUAGCUAAAUUUUUAGCAGGUUAUUUAUUGUAGUUUAUUUAUAUUUUCAACCUUAGUUGUGAAUUGUUAGUGAAUGUGUAAUAUCCAGUAAUAAUGAAUGUUUAUGGCUAUACAAUUUUAAUUUCGUAAAUUAAUAAAUAUGUGGCCAUUUAACAUGAAUUAUGCAGGGUUUUUCAUAUUGUAAACCCCUUUGUAUUUAAAUAAAUUUAUAUUUGUAA